GGGGGCGGGGCCGGUUGCCAGAGCGACGCCAGCGAAGAUGGCUGCUGCGUCGCCGUCGGAUUCCGAAAGCCCCAGAGCUGAGAGCAAUGAAGUCAAUUCGAAAUGGCUGGACGCUCACUAUGACCCCAUGGCCAACAUCCACACCUUUUCUGCCUGCCUGGCGCUGGCAGAUUUGCAUGGGGACGGGGAGUACAAGCUGGUGGUGGGAGAUCUUGGCCCUGGUGGGCGGCAGCCCUGCCUGAAGGUGCUCAAAGGACCAACGGUGCUGACCGAGAGCCCACUACCUGCCCUACCAGCUGCUGCUGCUACCUUCCUCAUGGAUCACCAUGAGCCCCGGACUCCAGCCCUCGCACUUGCUUCAGGCCCUUGUGUCUACGUCUAUAAGAAUCUGAGGCCCUACUUCAAGUUCAGUCUGCCCCCGUUGCCUCCAAACCCCGUAGAACAAGACCUUUGGAACCAGGCCAAGGAAGACCGGAUUGACCCCUUAACCCUGAAGGAGAUGCUAGAGGGGAUCCGGGAAAAGGCGGAGGUACCUUUGUCUGUCCAGUCACUCAGGUUUCUGCAGCUGGAGCUGAGCGAAAUGGAGGCCUUUGUGAACCAGCACAAGUCCAAGUCCAUCAAGCGGCAGACCGUCAUCACCACCAUGACCACCCUGAAGAAGAACCUGGCCGAUGAGGAUGCCGUGUCCUGCCUGGUGCUAGGCACCGAGAGCAGGGAGCUCCUGGUGCUGGACCCCGAGGCCUUCACCAUUCUGGCCAAGAUGAGCCUUCCCAGCGUUCCCGUGUUCCUGGAGAUCUCGGGCCAGUUCGACGUAGAGUUCCGGCUCGCUGCUGCCUGCCGCAAUGGCAACAUCUACAUCCUGAGAAGAGACUCCAAGCGCCCCAAGUACUGUAUCGAGCUGAGUGCCCAGCCCGUGGGGCUUGUCCGGGUGCACAAGGUCCUGGUGGUGGGCAGCACCCAGGACAGCCUGCAUGGCUUUACCCAAAAGGGGAAGAAGCUGUGGACCGUGCCUACACCUGCAGCCAUCCUGACCAUGAACCUCCUGGAGCAGCGCGCACGGGGCCUGCAGGCCGUCAUGGCUGCGCUGGCCAACGGCGAGGUCCGCAUUUACCGUGACAAGGCCCUGCUCAACAUCAUCCGCGCCCCGGAUGUUGUGACCAGCCUUUGCUUUGGCCGCUACGGGCGGGAAGACAAUACCCUCAUCAUGAUGACGAGAGGUGGUGGCCUGAUUAUCAAGAUCCUGAAACGAACAGCAGUGUUUGUGGAGGGGGGAGGUGAGGCGGGCCCUCCACCAGCCCAGGCCAUGAAACUCAACGUGCCCCGAAAGACUCGGCUCUAUGUGGAUCAGACACUGCGAGAGCGAGAGGCUGGCACUGCCAUGCACUGGACCUUCCAGACAGACCUCUACCUGCUGCGCCUCCGGGCCGCCCGGGCCUACGUGCAGGCCCUGGAGUCCAGCCUGAGCCCCGUGUCCGUGACAGCCCGGGAGCCGCUCAAGCUGCAUGCGGUGGUUCAGGGCCUGGGCCCCACCUUCAAGCUCACACUGCACCUGCAGAACACCUCGAGCACCCGGGCCCUCCUGGGGCUGCUGGUCUGCUUCGUGUACAGCGAAGCCCUGUACGCCCUGCCCCGGGCCUUCUUCAAGGUCCCCUUGCUGGUGCCAGGGCUCAGCUACCCCCUGGAGACCCUUGUGGAGAGUCUCAGUGACAGGGGCGUCUCAGACAUCAUCAAGGUGCUGGUGCUUCGAGAAGGCCAGGGCACACCCUUGCUGAGCGCCCACAUCAACAUGCCUGUGAGCGAGGGGCUGGCGGCCGCCUGACCCCGGGGCUGCAGUUCCCGCCUGUGCGGAAUCAGAGCCUGGAAGGCCCAGCCACCUCCACUGGUGUUCUGGGGCGACAGCCCCCCACUUCUCUCCUGUGUCUCCCCUUCUCACCACCCCCACCGCUGGGUCUAUAGCAGCAAGUCAGUGAUUCCCCUGGGGGCCCAGCUCCUUCUCCCUCGGGAACCGGCCCAAGCACCUUCCCGCUGAGCUCCUGCCACUCCUCCGCCCUCAGCAGUUUUCUCCAGAAACUACACCCAGGCCUGGAAGAAGCACUUUGAAGUGGUCACAGUGAGGGGAGGGGGAUAGGCUCAGCCCUCUCCUUUGCCACUUCCCUCCGGCACAUCACUCAUCUCCUGCCGCCAGCCAAGGCCAAAAUUGAGCCAGGGCCUGGCCUGGAAGAAUCGGAGGCUUUUCCUGGAGGAGACUGAGGCCCUUGCUGCUCCCUGGGGUUCUGGAGGCUGGACUGUUGCCAGCUCAGCUUGCUGGCAAAACACCUGCUCUGGUCUCCUCUUAUCAGCUGAGCAAGGGGCUCCUCCUUCCAUUCUGGGACUAGCUACCUCUGCAGGGGGAUUUUCUGAAGCCUUGGACUUAGCCAGGGUCUUUGUCCUGUAGUACUUCAUGGAUGCCGAGGACCGGGCAGUGCAGGAGGGCAGAGGGUUGGCCGUGCAAGGAUCUGGUGGCUCUGGUUCCCUCGUAGAGCUCCUGAAAGCCACCCAGCAGCUUCUCGUGACUUGGAUGCUCACACCCAGGAAGAGCGUCCCACGAGAGGAAGGCUAAGCUAGAGAAGAGGGUAGGGGCAGAACCUGGGGGACACCGGAGAGGCGUUUCUGUGGCACAAGGGAGGUGGCACCAGAGGCAGAGGCCCAGAACUGCAUGUUACAAUCCUGCUGGAGGCUCUGGAGCCCAGAUCAGUCAUGCAGGUAGAAAAUCCCCCAGGCACUGGCCACAGUGGGAGAGAAUUAGCCGGAAAGCCAAGGACCAGAGGCAUUUAGUAAGGCUCAAGACUGAAUGAAGCACAUGCUUAGAACACAAGGGCCAGAGGCUCACCAUCUUGGCCUUUGCUGCCCUGUGGAGCCCUCCCAGCCAGCCUGCCUGGCCCACCUCACAGUCGUCUCGGGUUCGGGCCACCAGGGGCCACCCGGUGCCACUUGCAAGCCAGGAGCCCUGCUCUCUGAGGACCUUAAUCAUUCCCUUUCUGACCAGGCACAGCCAAGCAUGUGGCACACAGCUCAGUCUUGGGGGAACUGCCCACAUCCCUCUGGUAAAAUUAGGGAGUUAACCAGAUUGUUUCUGAACUCCUUCCAGCUCUAACACCCUCCGGGCUUGACAGCCCCGCUGGCGGACACGAGGAGUUGACUCCAGAAAGGUGACACUUCACAAGUGUAACUGCAGACUUUUGCCCUUGAGGCCAAAUGCCCCAAACUGGCUGCCACUGCCAGGCAACAGCCUCGGUGCCCAAGAUACAGUGAGGGACUGGGCUGGCAGAGCCCCCGCCCAACCCCUGGCCUUCCCAAGGGAAUGCAUUAUGCGGCCACGUUCUGAGAUGUAAGGGGUCUGUACCAAAGAAAGAGCCAGUGCCCCUCUUCUCUGCACGGCCUGGUGCAAGCUGAAGCAGCCACUCGCAGAUACAGUACAGUUGGGUUAACGUAGCGAAGGGUUUCUAGAUCAAGCCAACUGAGGCACAGCUGGAACAAGCAGGAGGUUUAAUCUGCCAGUUGGAGAUUUCAACUUUACCUGAAGAGCUUUCCAGUAGAGCUUAUCAGAGAUGGAAGGGCCUGCCCCAGAAGGCAGUGAGCUCCUCAUUGCUCCAGCUGGGUUAUCAGGAGGGUGGUAGUGUGAUGUCUGGAUGACCUUACAGUUCAUCCCAGUAGCACUGAACUCUGAACUAGAAACAAAAAAGUCUAAUCCAAGUUCUCUUCACAGCUAGUCCUAACGAAGAAAGGGGAGAAACUAACCAAGCAGCACCUGCAGUGAAUUUAUGUAGUGCAAUACUGUGUACCCAUUAUUUUAAAAAUAUGUGAACUCCCCUGAUGCAGACCAAGUGUACAUCAAACAGUAUGAAGCUGUUUGUUUCUCUAAAGAUGCUUAUCCUUCGGUUUCCCUGUUUUAUGGAUCUUAGAUAUUCUCUGUUGACUCCUUAUUGUAUUAGAUGAGGCUUUAACUCUUGGGGUGGCACUCCACCCCCUCCCCCCAUCCCCGAUUUCUAACUAAAUCAUUACCCACCGUUUUACCAUUUAUGUUACACGUGAGUUAGUCACUACAGAGCCAAGAAUUGGACCAUAAUUAAAUUAACUUUUUUUUAUAUCCUU